UCAGGACAAGGUGACUAGUGCACACAAACAGGGAGACCCAGGCGCGAGCCCCUGGCGAGCUAUCCCUACCCAUGGCCGAGGAGCCAGAACCAGACCUCGGGGCGGCCGAGGACGUAGUGGAGCCUGCGGUGGAGAUGCCAAGCUGGAAGGCUCCAGAGGACACAGAGCCCCAGCCCGGAAGUUAUGAGAUCCGACACUAUGAACCUGCCAAGUGGGUCAGCACUUGUGUGGAGUCUAUGGACUGGGAUUCAGCCAUCCAGACUGGCUUCACAAAACUGAAUGGUUAUAUUCAAGGCAAAAAUGAGAAAGAGAUGAAAAUGAGGCUGACCGCUCCAGUGACGAGCUACGUGGAGCCCGGCUCAAGUCCUUUUAGCGAGUCUACCAUUACCAUCUCCCUGUGCGUCCCCUCCGAGCAGCAAUCCGAUCCCCCCAGGCCUUCAGAGUCAGAUGUCUUCAUUGAAGACAGAGCUGGGAUGACUGUGUUUGUACGGUCCUUUGACGGAUUCUCCAGUGGCCCAAAGAAUCAAGAACAACUUUUGACAUUAGCAAACAUUUUGAGGGAAGAAGGAAAGGUUUUCAAUGAAAAGGUCUUUUACACUGCCAGCUACGGCAGUCCUUUCCAGAUAGUUGAUAGAAAUAAUGAGGUGUGGCUGCUUCAGAAAGAUGAGCCCUCCCAGGAAAACGAGUAAGAAAAUGAAGAUCACCGCCAGGGGCAGAACUUCUGUCCAAGGCAGACAUCAGCAUCGUAAGUGAAGUAGCUAGUGUCCUCAUAACGUAAAUACUUGAUCUACAGGAUAUCUGAUAUGUGACUC